AUGCGUGUCACGGGUCUCCUGGGCUUGGCCUCGAUGGGCCUGGCCAGCGUCGCCGCAGCUGCGGAGGACCUGCUUUUCUACGACGCCAUGACUUACAACGAAUUCAAAGAAGCUACCAAUGUGCUGAACUACACAGCGCACAUCGCCUCCGACGCCGAGUGGCGAAGCAUGACCACUGCCGAUUUUGCCCAGUACAAGGCCAUCAUCGUUCCCGAUCCCAAUUGUGGCAAGAAGGACAAGAUCCAGUUCCUCGAAGACACAAAAGCAACCUGGUCCCCCGCCAUCACCGGAAAUAUCAUCCUCAUCGGCACCGACCCAACCUUCCACUCCUCUUUCCAACCUGGGGCUCUGGACCUCAUCGACGGCAGCGUCAAGUUUGCUGCCUCGGGCAACGGUACCGGGCUGUACUUUUCUUUGUCUUGCUACUAUGACAGCCAGACGACGUCGACAGUCGAUGUCCUCUCCGAGUUCGGCACUUUCACCGUCCGCGGAAGGCUCAGCUGCUACAACGACGCCCAUCUCGUCGCCAACUCGUCCGCCUUGGCCACGGUCGACGAUGCCACCCUGAGUAAUUGGUCGUGCAGUGUCCACGAGGUCUUCUCCGGCUAUCCGACCAAGGGAAUCAAUAGUUUUGAACCCCUCGCCAUCGCUAAGGGCGCUACCGGCGACGGAGAGAAAGACUUUGCAGACGGCACCAGCGGCAUUCCCUACAUCAUCUCGCGCGGAGCCACCCCGGUCGGUUGUGGCAAUGGACGGACUGACUCCGAGUUCGGCGAAGAAUGCGAUGAUGGCGACGAUAAUGGGACUCCUGGGAGCCUAUGCUCCAAAUCUUGCAAGUGUCUAUACGGCAUGAUAUCCCCUGGAGACUGUAGGACCAACUCGACGACGACCAGCGCCAGCGCCAGCGCCAGCGCCAGUAGCACGGUAGUCUCCUCUUCUGCCUCUUCCGAAUCGGGAGCGUCGUCGACUACAAACGGAGGCAUCUUCACCAAUUCCAGCACCGACGCCCCCACGAGUUCUGGUUCUCUCUCCGGAAGCUGGACUGGAACAAUGGUUCUCACGACUGCCGUAUCAUCCACUUCAACGCAGUCGACCCUCCCGCCCUGGACAAAUGCGACUGCUGUGGACACAGCUACGACAAGCCGCAACGUAUCCGAAUCGACCUCGUCUGACAGAGGCGGAGUGACAGAGAGCACAAGCGAGUCCUCAAUCUGGGUGACUGGAACCGGCACCGACGCAAAUCCGACACCGACAUCAGGCACCAUCUCUGCAAACAGCACCAGGACCAUCCCGUGGAUCAACUCCACGAGCUCAGGGCUGACGACGCCUUCCGUCAUAACGUCCACAAUCACCCCUGGUAAUAGCGUGGUCACCGUGACCGUCUUCCCGCCGGGAUGGCCCACUGGUGGAACGCCGCCACCAUCCAGUGUACCGAACAAUGCGUCAGCAACGGAUUCGGGCACUUCAACGGGCACAGCUUCCAGCUCAUCAAUCUCGCCCGGAAGUAGCGCCAACUCUACGUUCCUCUCCUGGUCGACUGCAACAACGCCACAAGUUGGCUGGACUACGGCGAGCGAGAGCGAGGGGACCCCGGCUCCCUCGUGGACGGGUACUACCUCUGGCGCAGAGAACACGACGUCAUCAACGACUACUACCACGUCCACGUCAACUAUCAGCGUGACAUCCAACGGCAACAAAACAACGGCAGGGUCUUCCUCAGUUGUGACGAGGACAAUUACAAACGGCGGCAUCAUCGUGACCCUGACGAUCCAACCCUCAGAGACCGCUCCGACGGGACAGAUCCCCAGCUCGUCCGCCAUCACAGAGACCGCUACGGGAUCCGCAGGUUUGCCAUCGAACGCAACAAGUACCAGCCAAGGAAGCCCGAACUCGGGCAACAGCACUCGAACCACACUGCAACCCAGCAACACUCGACUACCCUCGGAGAGCGUCCGGAAGCACAAACGGCUCAACCGUGAGCGGGUCUCAGGCGCAGACUGCAACAGGGUCUUUCGCAUCAUCAAACGCGCCCUCUGCCACUUCAAGUCCGGAAGUGACAUCUUCGACGAUCCGGGAGGGGAGCACCGCCUCGACAGGCCAGGUACAUUCGUCGUCAGAGACAAGCCAUACGACACGCUCCCCCAGCGAAUCACAAACGGGCUCGGCUUUGUCCUUGACAACGGCCACCUGGUCCAAUGGGAAUAUGGCUACAGCACAAAAUCGUCGACCACUUCUCAGACUGGCCAUAUCCACAGUGUUUGGUUGGGCUCGACGGGUUCAGAGUCCGAGGCGUCCCCUACCCAAAGCUUGACAAGUGUGACCCUGGUCAGCUCUGGAAGCACAAUAGUCACCGCUUUGCCCCUUGGAGGCAGCGAGACAGCGUCCGCAGCCAGCAGUCUUGGCUCGGCGUCAACCUCAACCCCCACAUCGACCUCGACGUCGCUCUCCAUCACGGAGAUCACGGCAACUAGCUCUUCUAGUAAGGUGGUUUCGUCCGAAUCUGGAUCAGUCUCGACAUUACCCUCUGGACUGCAUUCCUCGGCUGGUGCUUCGUCCGCGACCGGCUCCGCAGAACACGAGACUUCAACCGCAGAGACCUCGUCCAAGCCAUGGCCGACCAAGUUCAGCACUCGUCACAGCACGUAUCCACACUCCGCACCAAAGACAAUUACCGGAUACCCAGCACCCUCACCCUCUCAGUACUAUGGGUCCUCCGCUCCAAGUUCAUGGACCAACCCCUGGACACUCAAGACCUCCAUCCUUCCAGUAUCUACGGAAUCAGAGCCUGACUGCGAGGCCGAAACCGAGGCUGCUUCCAGUACAGAGUAUCACUCACGGGCUACAAGUCUGGAAAGCACAGGUAGUGUCUCAUCUAAGGCGCUCCCCACGUCAGCGAGCCAGUGCGGUGGGUACAUGGGUGUUGAAAUCAUAAUCAUCACCGAGAUCACAGAGGUUUGCGAUGAAGAGAACAGUACCACAUCCACAGUCACCGAGGAGCUGUCAACUCUCACCCGGUCCAUGUGCCAUACCUCGACUGAAGGAUAUCCCUGCUAUGCAUGCGUGAUAGGCACACCAACGGCAGGAGACGAGGCCACAGUCACUGUGUCAUCCUGCUCUGCUUCCCUGGCAGAUCGCAUGAGAACGAUAACGGUGCAGCUCUGCAGCACCUGUACAACGAGCACACUAGUGACAAGUCUCCCUGGGUACACCCCCGGAAGCCCGUGCCACGGCUGCGUGGCAUACGGUCAACCUCCUGAGCUCCCUCCGGUCAGCACCUAUGCUGUUGACGGCGGGAGCGGCCAGGUUGCCAACCCAGCCCGGCAACCUGCCGCUCCAGAGACUUCUGUCCCCACCGCGCUGGCGACUGUCCCGGGGGAUGGCGGCCUGGCCAACGCCGGCGCUUCGUGCGAGGGUGAUGCCGACUGUGAAGCGCAGCUUACCGUGACGUCGGCACUGACAAAGACCGCGACGCUCAAGGCACCUUACACGCCCACAUCCACGCCAUACGGCUACUACACGGCUGCUGGCUCUCGGAUCCGCCGAGCUGGCAACUUUGGAGGUUUUGGUGUCAUCGGGGGCAUGGCGUAUGCCCUGUUUGCCCUGUGA